AUGAGCCGAAAUUGUUCGCUGAAAGCUAAACAUGUAUCCUCCGGGGUUUCUGUUUCGGGAGAACAGUUUGGUCAGUCUGAGACUCAGCGAGGAGGACCAAAAGCCCAAUCUUCACAGCGUCAGCAGAAGACAACUCCUCUUGCAGAAGCUGCAUAUGGCAUGCAUGGGCAAGAGCAUUCCGUUGUCCUUGUGGAGAACCCCAUAGUAUUCCACCCUAGUGUUCUCCGGUACUACUCGUCAAGAAGAAGGAUGAUUGCAACAGCAUGUGCUCUCACAGCCUUUAAGUUGCGUCAUCCAAUAAAGAUGUACCUUGAUCGUAGCACGGAUAUGGUAAUGGUAGGAGGAAGGCAUCCAAUGAAAAUAACCUAUUCUGUGGGUUUUAAAUCCGAUGGAAAGAUUACGGCCUUGUACUUGAAUUUGUUGGUAAAUGCAGGCAUAUCAGAGGAUUAUAGUCCACUUAUUUCACAUGCCAUUAUAACUUGUCUAAAAAAAUACAACUGGGGUGCUCUCGCUUUUGAUAUUAAACUAUGCAAGACGAAUCUUACAAGUAAAUCAUCGAUGCGAGCACCAGGGCAGGUACAGGGAUCUUACAUUGCUGAAGCUAUUAUUGAGCGUGUAGCAUCUUUCCUGUCCUUGGAUGUCGAUGUUGUGAGAAAAAGAAAUUUGCAUACAUAUGAAAGCCUGAAGUUUUUUUAUGGAAGUAGCAGUGGAGAAGCUCCGGAAUAUACUUUACCUGCUAUAGUUGAUGAGUUGUUUACAUCUGCAAGCUACUUCAAUCGUCUUGAAAUGGUAUUGCAUUUCAAUAGUUGCAACAAAUGGAAAAAACGAGGGAUUUCUUGGGUACCAAUUGUAUAUGAAGUGGAACCAAUGCCAACACCAGGGAAAGUAUCCAUUCUAAAUGAUGGUUCAAUUGUUGUUGAAGUCGGAGGAAUUGAAAUAGGCCAGGGACUGUGGACAAAGGUGAAGCAAAUGGCUGCAUUCGGUCUUGAACAGUGA